UGUGUUUUACAAAUAUUUUUUUUCGCUGACUUUGUUAAAUGGGGAUUAUGGGCCGAACACAUGCCCCGUGCCUUUGUUUUUCCUUUCUGUUGUCUUUUUUCUACUGAGUGGGUAAAUUGAUGAAGGCACCACGGAUAAAAGACAAAUAUGCAUUGACAAGGGCUUUCAGCGGCAAAAGGUCAUUAGGAGCUUCAGACUUAUUGUUGGCUUUGCCUGAUGCCAGCAGAUUGACAAUGACCCCCAGGUUACAAUAAUUGAACUGGGAGAAUAGCAGCCAAGUCAUGUCUUUAAACUACAUUAAGAACUUUUACGAAGGAUGUCUCAGGCCUCCGACAGUGAUAGGCCAGUUCCACACACUGUUCUUUGGCUCUGUUCGGAUGUUCUUUCUGGGCGUCCUGGGCUUUGCAGUCUAUGGCAAUGAAGCUCUCCAUUUCAGCUGUGAUCCAGACAGGAGGGAGUUAAAUCUCUACUGUUACAACCAAUUUAGGCCGAUAACACCUCAGGUAUUCUGGGCAUUGCAGUUGGUAACUGUUUUAGUCCCUGGAGCUGUAUUUCAUCUCUAUGCUGCCUGUAAAAACAUUGACCAGGAGGAAAUCCUUCAGAGACCUACAUACACUGUCUUCUACAUCAUCUCUGUCCUACUAAGAAUUAUUCUGGAAGUCAUCGCUUUUUGGUUGCAGAGCCAUCUCUUUGGUUUCCAGGUUCACCCACUCUACAUGUGUGAUGCCAGUGCCCUAGAAAAGACGUUCAAUGUCACAAAAUGCAUGGUGCCGGAACACUUUGAAAAGACCAUAUUUUUAAGUGCAAUGUACACUUUCACUGGGAUCACGGUGCUGCUGUGUGUUGCUGAGAUAUUUGAGAUACUCUGUAGGAGAUUGGGUUAUUUGACCAAUCAAUGACCUGUGUGUUAUUUGCUACAG